AUGUCUACUCCAACUAUCAAGUACCGAGCUGCAUGCGAUCACUGCUCAGCUACCAAGAUCAAAUGCACCCAAGAACGGCCCUCUUGUGCGAGAUGUCGUACCUUGGGGCGUGACUGCAAUUACAGCCGUUCGCUAAGAGCUGGCAAGCCUCCCAGAUCAAGUCAAGGUCUCAACAAAAGAAUCGCGAAUGCUCCAGUUCUACCACGAAGGGGACCCGCUGCGGAUUCACCACAGCCUGUGAACGGCGGGCCUCUGGGCCACGGACUGCCGGCGCAGAUUGCGUACCCGAUCUCCGGCCACACACCUAAGACCGAACCGGCAUGGUCUGCAACAUCCUCACCAUAUCCAUCACCUCCAGACAUGCGUGCAUAUGGCAGCGCAGAGCCGACUUUCUUUCAAGAUAUUCAUACAGCAGACAACAGCUCCGUCAACACGCCCAUGGAGCCAGAAUGGUUUUUCGAUUUCACCAACGCUUCAUUACCCAGUGAAAGCCCUCUGGUCAGAGUGGACUCCCGCGAACCAACACAACAACCGAGUCCCAUGUCAGACACCAGGCACCCCGUCUGCUUGCCCCAAUCAGCGGACGCGAAGAUAUACCCAAACGAGCUCAACAAUAUGUCCCAAGAAUUCAUCCCGAACUCACCCACUCCACCCGGUGUAGACCAGUGUCUACGGACCGCGACCGAAACUCUCAACAGGCUCUACGAAAUCCCAUACGCACAGAUUGACCACGAGACAAAACAAUACUCUGUCGAUCAAGUCCUGAGCAGCACCUCACGCGCUGUACAGAUCUGCCACGAUCUCAUAUCUUGCCCUUGCGUCAAAGACUUCCACCUACCCAUCGCGAUUGCAACACUGGCGUCCAAGGUUCUCACAUGGUACCAAACAGUCGCUUGUAUCCGAGACCCCAACACGGAAAUGCCUAAUACCAAUGGCAAGGUGCAUUGCAGAGAAGUUGUUGUGGAUGAACAGCUGGCGUUGGGAGCAUAUAAGCUCGAUGGAAGUAUGGGAUGGGUACUUAAGAACCAUAUUAUUCUUGGUCAAAUUCAGAGACUGAAGGAAGUUGCCGAUCGAUUUGAUGCGCAGUUCUGUACUGAGAGUUCGACGAAGCAAAUGGUUGGGGGAGGCAAAUUGUAUUCGAGUAUGGGAAACCUGUUGAAGUCGAGGUUACAGUUCACUCUGCGGGAAUUAGAGACGAGGCUGAAGGGGAGUUCGAGUUGA